UAAAUUUGCUUGCUCACUGUUCUGCUUCUCUAGCCUGGCGCUCUCCUCGCGGUUUUCUCCCUCCCCUCAAGUUCGAUGUGUUCUGCACUCCGAUCUCAGUGCGGGAGACGGCAUAGCUAAACAUGGCGUCGGACGGAAUGAUUUUAACAAACCACGACCACCAAAUUCGAGUCGGAAUCCUUACGGUGAGUGACAGCUGCUUCAGGAACCUAGCUGAAGACCGCAGUGGCAUCAACCUCAAAGACCUUGUCCAUGAUCCCUCUCUGCUCGGAGGAAUAAUCUCUGCAUACAAAAUAGUCCCUGAUGAAAUAGAUGAGAUCAAGGAAACCCUGGUGGACUGGUGCGAUGAAAAGGAGCUCAACCUCAUCUUGACCACCGGAGGGACUGGCUUUGCCCCACGUGAUGUCACCCCCGAGGCCACCAGAGAGGUCAUUGAGAGAGAGGCUCCAGGAAUGGCCUUGGCUAUGCUCAUGGGAUCUCUCAAUGUCACACCACUGGGCAUGCUGUCCCGGCCGGUCUGUGGCAUCAGAGGCAAAACCUUAAUCAUUAAUCUGCCUGGAAGCAAGAAAGGGUCACAGGAGUGUUUUCAGUUCAUUCUGCCGGCGCUGCCGCACGCCAUCGACCUGCUGCGGGACGCGGUGGUGCGGGUGAAGGAGGUGCACGACGCGCUGGAGGACCUGCCCUCGCCACCGCCACCACUCUCCCCGUGGCCCGCGCCCGGCUUGGGCAGUCCGCCCCGGCAGACCGAGGACAAGGGCGUCCAGUGUGAGGAGGAGGACGAGGAGAAGAAGGACAGCGGCGUGCCGUCCACCGAGAACAGCGCCUCCUCGCACAUCACUGCCGCCGCCAUUGCCGCCAAGAGCAUGAAGUUUUACCCCAAUCACGCUGUUGUCAUGGCAAAGGGUGGCCAGCACACGCUCGGCCUCCUCCCCCCUCCCCCCAAACAUUUCACCUGUUCCUGUGGCGACCAAUCCCGGGACUCCAUCAUCUCUCGAGGUGUCCAGGUGUUGCCACGGGAUACGGCCUCCCUGAGCACGACGCCAUCCGAGUCUCCCCGCGCGCAGCCGUCCCGCUUCUCCACCGCCUCCUGCCCCACCCCCCAGGCACGGCUUCCCUCCAGCUCAUCCACCUGUAGUAUGUCUGAGGCCUCUCGGAGAGAGUUCAGGGCACACAUGGAUGAGGUCAUCACGCUCAAGUCAAGGUACUCUACCUUGGACCAGCUCCACUCUAGGUUGGCGGGCCUCCGAGAUGAUCGGCGGGGCCAUAGGACCUACGACUCGCGAGUGCAAUCUCGCUGUAGCAGCAAAGAGAACAUAUUGCGAUCCAGUCACAGUGCGGUGGACAUCACCAAGGUGGCGCGCCGACACCGCAUGUCCCCCUUCCCGCUCACUUCCAUGGACAAGGCCUUCAUCACGGUGCUUGAGAUGACCCCUGUGCUUGGCACUGAGAUCAUCAAUUACAGAGAUGGCAUGGGCCGCGUCCUGGCUCAGGACGUAUAUGCCAAAGACAACCUGCCCCCGUUCCCCGCCUCGGUCAAAGAUGGCUACGCUGUCAGAGCUGCUGAUGGCCCAGGGGAUCGCUUCAUCAUCGGGGAGUCCCAGGCUGGAGAGCAGCCUACACACACAGUCAUGCCAGGGCAGGUGAUGCGUGUGACGACGGGAGCUCCGAUCCCUUGUGGAGCCGAUGCUGUGGUGCAGGUGGAGGACACGGAGUUACUGCGUGAAUCCGAGGAUGGCACAGAGGAGCUGGAAGUGCGAAUUCUGGUGCAGGCGCGACCUGGACAGGACAUCAGGCCCAUUGGUCACGAUAUCAAACGUGGGGAGUGUGUUCUGGCCAAGGGCACCCACAUGGGCCCCUCUGAGAUCGGCCUGCUGGCCACGGUGGGCGUCACCGAGGUGGAGGUACAGAAGUUCCCCGUUGUGGCCGUCAUGUCCACAGGCAACGAGCUGCUGAACCCAGAGGAUGACCUGCACCCUGGGAAGAUCAGGGACAGCAACCGCUCCACCCUGCUCGCCACCAUCCAGGAGCACGGCUACCCCACCAUCAACUUGGGCAUCGUUGGAGACAAUCCAGAUGAUUUGCUCAACGCCCUGAAUGAAGGAAUCAGCCGUGCUGACGUUAUCAUCACCUCAGGUGGCGUGUCCAUGGGCGAAAAGGACUACCUGAAACAGGUGCUGGACAUCGACUUACAUGCCCAGAUUCAUUUUGGACGAGUAUUCAUGAAACCUGGUCUUCCUACUACGUUUGCCACUCUUGACAUCAAUGGGCACCGAAAGCUGAUAUUUGCCCUGCCAGGCAAUCCAGUGUCAGCAGUUGUUACCUGUAAUCUCUUUGUCAUCCCUGCUCUAAGGAAGAUGCAAGGAAUCCUGGACCCCCGACCAACCAUUAUCAAAGCUCGGUUAUCGUGUGAUGUUAAGUUAGACCCACGGCCCGAGUACCACCGCUGCAUACUUACAUGGCACCAUCAGGAGCCGCUACCAUGGGCACAGAGCACAGGGAAUCAAAUGAGCAGCCGGUUAAUGAGUAUGCGUAGUGCCAAUGGUCUGCUAAUGUUGCCGCCUAAAACCGAGCAAUACGUGGAGCUGCACAAAGGAGAGGUGGUGGACGUCAUGGUGAUUGGACGGCUAUGAUGUUGUCCCCAGGGUGCGGACAGCGAGACAGAGGGACGACGAGAGCAAGUGGAAGUGGUGCAUGUCCACAUAUCAUUACUAUUCUGUAAUAUGCAAUGGCACAGCAAGUUUGUACUGAUUUGACCAACUACUUUGUUGAUUGAGGGUAAUCGACAACUCACUGAAGCAAACAAAUGGUUUAUGGAAAUGUUAAUUAGAAAAGAAAAUCCUUAUUAUUUCAAAGAAAGAAAUGAAAAUAUUAUACCUUUUAAAAUAAGACUAUAUAUAUAUAUAUAUAUAUAUAUAUAAUAUAUAAGAUUUAUUCUGUAAUAUAUUAUUAUGAUUAUUAUUAUGAAUAUCAUCAUCAUCAUCAUUCUAUUAAGCAACUCUGUUCUCUUUCAUCGCAAUUGCUUUGUGUGUUCAACGCUAGCCCUUAUAGAUAGCAGUAGCAUUUUAGUAGAAAGCUGUAGACUCCUGACGAGUUCAUUGAAACGCUUAUUUCCAGACCUUGGAGGAAGGACAAAAGUGGGGGUCAUUUUUGA